CGACCUGGUCCUGAAUUAUAUUUUGUUGGAGUGCAAGAUGUUGCUAAAGAAUCGUUCCAACGGCCGUUCUGUGUGUUUUUAAAAAAAAUUCACCCGACAAGUUAAUCGCUGGAGUCAUUUUAAAAUCAGCUUCUGAAGCCGUCAAUGCCGACAACGGGGCCGGAUUUUAUGUAGGGGACAGGUAAAAGAAAGUAGUUUAUUUUUAUGUACAAAAGUGUUUCUUAAGAUGCAUUUAAUUCACAUUUUAAGUUGCGAAACGGUGAUUUUUUUCCCCGAAGAACCGGCAGUGUAUUUGCUGCCGAUAUGGGGACUAAAAUCACCGCAACCUCAGCAUUCCAAAUGGUCCCGUUCCAGAAAAACCCACAGGCUAGUUGAUUUAAAUGGCCAUUAAUUUAUAGGUAUUAAACAUUCCUUUCAUUUGGCCUAUAAACCCAUGACAAUGAGAUUUAAAAAUUAUGUUAUAUUCUGAAUUCUUGUGUGAAUGUUAUUUGGACACUUAGUCUAUUUAAAAAUGUUAAUCUAUUCUUAAGAAAUGGAUAGAUGUUUAGAUCUAGUAAUUGAAUUUUGUAAUUAUCUACAAUUAGGUAACUAACUAAUUAUAUGCUUUAAUUUCAAGUCAUCUAAGUAAGAUUGUUUCAUAUUUGUUUCAGAAUGCUUCAAUCUAUAAUAACUGAAAAUUUAUUUCAGUUCUCUUAAAUUUUAAGAAAGUUAUUGGCCUUUAAAUGUUCUAGAUCACAGCUUUUGUGUUAAGUCAAUGAAAAAGCAAUAGGGAACAAGAUGCCAAUUUCUGAGUAUGAAAAAGGCCAUAACAUUUUUAAUACUAAAGAUAUGAAAGUGAAAUAUGUGUCCAAUUAAACUUCUUUUUAUGCUUUAUCUGAUGGGAUAAAUUAAAGACUUGAUUUUUUAAAUCUCAAAAUUUUGUAACAUUGCUACCUAAUCCUACCACUUAUGAUCUUUUGAUCUUCCACAAACACUCACUGGGACAUCUUCUGGGCUUUCUGUGCCAUUUCCUUUGAGGCUUCUUUAUGUCCUACCAUCCUUUACUCAGUCAGCCCAUCAGGAUCAAGGAUGACUGGGUUCAAUUCCAGUUGAAUAGGUUCUGAGAUGGCUGAUGAGACCAACUAUUGGCUAUAUUUAAGAGGGAGUUAGAUGUGGCCCUUGUGGCUAAAGGGAUUAGGGGGAAUGGAGAGAAGGCAGGUACAGGAUACUGAGUUGGAUGAUCAGCCAUGAUCAUAUUGAAUGGCGGUGCAAGCUCGAAGGGCCGAAUGGCCUACUCCUGCUAUUUUCUAUGUAUCUAUGUAUAUGGACACACUUGCUGUGUUAAAGGUGGGGCAAGAGAUGUCAACACAUAGGCACGGGGGUAGCUGGAGAAGAUGUAUGUUCCACCUACAGAUUACACUGAGCUAUACUGUGCUUCCAAUAAAUGAACUUGAGGUACUCAAUGUCAUCCUGAACACUCCUUCGCUGAUUUGAGUAGUAGUGGCUCAGGGUUUCCAAGAAGCCAAUGGGAAUGAUAUCCCAUUCUUAUUGCGAGCACAUUAGAACACUUUCAUAAGAUUUCCAACAAAUAUUGAAUGUUUCGUGGAUCGUGCAUAUUGAUUUUUCCAAUGUAACCAUCAUGCAGUAGAUUUGCCUUUUUACACGAGUUCCCUUUUACAGCUACCGUCUUUUUAAUUAGUCUUCCUAUGAGGUGGCCUCUAAACUGUUUUCUUGCUCAGUUCCUCAGCUCAUCUAGAUUCUCUUUUUAUGGUCCAAGACUCCCUUAUGAGCCUGUCCCACUUAAGCGAUUUGUCAGGCGACUGCCGGCAGUUGACUGAAAAAUUGGUAACUGGAACGGCGACUGUUAAAGUGGAACACACACACACACAUAGAAACAUAGAAACAUAGAAAUUAGGUGCAGGAGUAGGCCAUUCGGCCCUUCGAGCCUGCACCGCCAUUCGAUAUGAUCAUGGCUGAUCAUCCAACUCAGUAUCCCGUACCUGCCUUCUCUCCAUACCCCCUGAUCCCCUUAGCCACAAGGGCCACAUCUAACUCCCUCUUAAAUAUAGCCAAUGAAGUGGCCUCAACUACCCUCUGUGGCAGAGAGUUCCAGAGAUUCACCACUCUCUGUGUGAAAAAAGGUUCUUCUCAUCUCGGUUUUAAAGGAUUUCCCCUUUAUCCUUAAGCUGUGACCCCUUGUCCUGGACUUCCCUAACAUCGGGAACAAUCUUCCUGCAUCUAGCCUGUCCAACCCCUUAAGAAUUUUGUAAGUUUCUAUAAGAUCCCCUCUCAUUCUUCUAAAUUCUAGAGAGUAUAAACCAAGUCUAUCCAGUCUUUCUUCAUAAGACAGUCCUGACAUCCCAGGAAUCAGUCUGGUGAACCGUCUCUGCACUCCCUCUAUGGCAAUAAUGUCCUUCCUCAGAUUUGGAGACCAAAACUGUACGCAAUACUCCAGGUGUGGUCUCACCAAGACCCUGUACAACUGCAGUAGAACCUCUCUGCUCCUAUACUCAAAUCCUUUUGCAAUGAAAGCUAACAUACCAUUCGCUUUCUUUACUGCCUGCUGCACCUGCAUGCCUACCUUCAAUGACUGGUGUACCAUGACACCCAGGUCUCGCUGCAUCUCCCCCUUUCCCAAUCGGCCACCAUUUAGAUAAUAGUCUGCUUUCCUGUUUUUUGCCACCAAAAUGGAUAACCUCACAUUUAUCCACAUUAUACUGCAUCUGCCAAACAUUUGCCCACUCACCCAGCCUAUCCAAGUCACCCUGCAGUCUCCUAGCAUCCUCCUCACAGCUAACACUGCCCCCCAGCUUAGUGUCAUCCGCAAACUUGGAGAUAUUGCCUUCAAUUCCCUCAUCCAGAUCGUUAAUAUAUAUUGUAAAUAGCUGGGGUCCCAGUACUAAGCCUUGGGGGUACCCCACUAGUCACUGCCUGCCAUUGUGAAAAGGACCCGUUUACUCCUACUCUUUGCAGGACACACACAUUGCUUCCUACACUAGCCCGUUAUGCAGGUGGGGGAUAGGGCAGGUGGGGGGAGUGCUGUGAGUGAAAUUAACACAGUGCAAAGCCAAGGUGAUACAGCCACACACCACGAUGAACAGGAAGGUUGGCGCUGUAAUUAAGAGGGCUAAAGCACAGUGUACGGUAAGUCCUUUAAAAGGGGGGGAAGGGGUGGAGAAGGAAGGAGAAGGAGUGGAGACAACUUUUAAGAAGCCAGAGAUACACAACUGUGAAGCUCGGUGGACAUUUAACAUUACUGCUCGGUAACUACAGCUUACGUUUUUUUUCCCCAAUGAGCCAAUGAAAUUCACCAGUCAGCUCCAGCUACAACCUACGAGAACCUACGAGAACCUUCAACCUCCUGGCAACCCAGUAGGGUCUCCUGGCGACCCACCUGUGGCACGAGAAUUCUCGCUACUCUCCAUAGCGGCUUCAUUCUGGUCGCCUCUAAUUUUUCAACGUUGAAAAAUUUGCGGCGACCAUAAUGAGGCUGUGACUGGUUCCCAGAAUGCGGGAACUACUCACAACCAUGAAGGCGACUCCCCGGCAACCACCCGUGAACAUGUGGUGACCAUGUGGCGACUGCAUAGUCUCCUGCAGUGUAGAUGAGUGUGCCUCUACUAUAUAGAUUGGAGCACUUGGAGCAGUAUGUCACCACACCUACCAGACUUGACAGAACGCUGGAUCUGUGUUUCGGUAACAUACCGGGAGUCUAUGUCUCAAAGCCCCGCCCACCACUCGGUCGUUCCGACCACAAUGUCAUUCUGCUGCUUCCAAAAUACAGACAAAAACUAAAAACAGAAGAUAUACAAACAAAAACUAUUCAAGUCUGGAACGAUGACUCUGUCGAUGCAUUAAGGGGCUGCAAGGAGAUCACUGACUGGGAAAUAUUUUUCCAAAGUUGUGAGGGAGACCUAAAUCUGCUGACAGACUCUAUCUCCUCCUAUUUGUCAUUCUGUGUGGAUGCUGUUAUACCAACACAACAGGUCAAGCUGUACCCUAAUAACAAGCCUUGGGUUACCAAGGACCUGAAGCAGUGUCUUAACAACAAAAAAGUGGCAUUCCUACAGGGAGACAAACACAGAGUAAAACAGUAUAAUAGUGAGCUGAGAAGGAAGACCAGGCUGGCCAAACUCCACUACAAAAACAAAGUGGAGGAAAAAUUCACCACUGGCAAUGCAAGGGAGGCAUGGCAGGGACUUAACACCAUGAUGGGCAGAGCCCAGAAACCGGCCCUGAUCCAAUGCUCUGACCCUGCCACCUUUGCUGAGCAACUCAACAUCUAUUACAGCAGGUUUGACAGGACACACACCCAGAAUGACUGGACCCUCACCAGCAGUUCAUCAAUUACAGUGGAUAAAAGGAAGGUUACAUCUAUACUGGGCCGCAUCAACCCUCACAAAGCUUCUGGCCCGGACAGGCUCAGGGGCAAGGUGCUGAGGGAAUGCUCAGUUCAGCUGGGUGAUGUUAUCACUCAGCUAUUCCAGCAUCUCCUUGACUCCAGCUUUGUCCCACGGAUGUGGACAUACCGGUGCCGAAGAAAUCUAACGCCAGGGAGAUGAAGGACUACAGACCGGUGGCACUCACAUCCAUUCUUUCCAAGUGUAUGGAGAGGGUGGUAAGUGAUCACCUCACUGCUAUGGUGGUGGACAGGCUUGACCCACUCCAGUUUGCCUAUAAGGCAAGGCGUGGGGUGGAGGAUGCCUGUUUGACUCUCCUGGACACAGUUAGCAGACAGCUGGACUUCCCACACCCCCACACAUGGAUUUUAUUUAUGGACUUUUCUUCAGCUUUUAACACAGUUAACACAGUCACCCUCUGCAACCGCCUUCUGGACCUACAAGUCAACCCAUCACUUAUCCUGUGGAUAAAAGACUUUCUGCAGGACUGGCCUCAGCAUGUUGUGGUAAAUGGUUUUAAAUCCAAGAACAUGAUUUUAAACACUGGUGUCCCUGAGGGUUGUGUCUUAUCACCAAUUUUAUUUUCCAUCUACACAAACAACAUAACAAACAAUAACAGUGACAUUUCCCUUUUUAAGUAUGCAGACGAUAUUGCCCUGGUGGCCCACAUCAAGGAUCACACUUCUCUGGCUGCCUACUAUCAGCAGGUCAACACCCUGAUGCUGUGGAUCAAAGAGAGCUCUUUGGAGCUUAACAUCUCCAAGACCAAGGAGCUGUGUUGUGGGGGGAGGCAAACAUCUUCCCCCCCAACCUCUCUUUGAACCUCUGAGGCUGAAUGGGCAGACAGUUGAGCAGGUAGAGCCCUUUAGAUACCUGGGCACAGAGAUUGACACCCGCCUGUCCUUCUCCCAGCACACAGACUCUGUGUACAAGAAGGCACAGCAACGCCUGUUCCUGCUGAGGAAACUCAGGAGCUUUGAUGUCAGACAGGACAUUUUAACAGUUGUCUAUAAAUCACUUAUAGAAUCUGUACUCACCUUUAACAUCACAUCCUGGUUCACCCUCACCUCUGUCAAAGACAAAUCAAAGCUUUCCCGGAUCAUCAAUCAGGCAAGCAAAAUAACUGGCAAAACUCAAAAUCAAUUAUCAGUACUCCACACCCAGGCAGUUAAAAGGAAAGCCAAUCUCAUUACACAGGAUCCCACCCACCCCCUGCAGAAGUCUUUCCAACUUCUGCCAUCAGGCCGUUGAUAUAAAGUCCCCCUAUCCAAGAAAAACAUCCACAAAAACUAAUUCAUACCCAUUGCCAUAAACAGCUUAAAUAAAAAAUGACCAAUGGACAAAUUAACCCUGACGCAUUGUCACUUUACACAUAUCCACAACUUUUAUCUUGUCUAUUUUUACAGUUU